AUGCUGGAAAUCGUGACGAAACUCCGAAAUGUGACUCAGAACAGUAAUCAAUGGAUGUCGGGGCGAGACCCAUUGCGUCGACAGAGACAUGCGCCUUCGCUUGAAAAAGUGCUCUACUGGCGCUAGCGCGAGAUUCUUCCAAAGUUAUUUGUUUUCUAGUUUGAACCCGGUUUCUUGGUCAGUAUGGUUGUUUUCUUCUACAACGGACAGUCGUUCUCCUCUCUGUAAAAGGUAAGAUUUCCGGGUUUUGUCCGUAGCUUGGUCCGGUCGCAAACAAUGACUGAUCAUCGGAGCAAUCUCCUCGUGCCAGAUUUCCAUUCCAGCCAUUCAAUCAUCUCACUUUUUUCUUCGCUUCUGAAUUAUGAAUUUCUAAUCUUCAGGGUAUUCCGUACUAACCGACUUUCUACUAGCAAUUAUGAGCCAACAACAACAAUUCCAAGAGAAAAGCGCAUCUCCGGCUUCGAAAAACAACAUCAUCAACGGGCGUCUCUACGAAAGCCCGGCUCCUUCGCAAGCCCACAACGAGUCGGCCGCUGUCACCUACGGAGGAUGCUUCAACAGCUACUCUUCGUGGACUCCGGCGAGAAACAACGGACUGCAGUCCGGAUCUGGCUGUCCGCCUGCUCCGAAGCACGCUACGGCGCCGUAUAGAGUAUGUGCCAUUGCGCCUUCACAUCAAUCAAUCUUGUUUCAGUUCGGCGGCUGGCGAACUUCGACUCCGAACUCGACGCCGCGUCGCAUGCGAGACAAUGCCGAUGGUGUCCGUCUCCGUCUCGUCGACCUCGACGACACAUUCGCGUCGUCCAACACCGGUUUCUCGAAUACGUUCAAGUGAGACAUUACCUUUCCGAGUAAUUUUUCUGUCUGCAACUUUCAAUAUAGUUCCAGUGGACGCAAUUCGCUGAAAAGCACUCUUCCCGCCUGGGCGUCCGAUUCGCAAGGAAGUGUCGCCGCGACUGUCACUCUCCAGGAUGUUCUGCUCAACAAGGGUCUUUUCGAGUUCGCUGCGGAUAAGAACGGCUGCCGCUUCCUCCAGGAGCAGUAUCCGAUCGCCUCUGACAACGGAGUACACGACGAAAUUUUCCGCAAGAUGGUCGAAGAUCGUGAAGUCUUCCUCUCGAUGUGCCGCAACAUGUUCGGAAACUUUUUCGUGCAGCGCAUUGUCGAGUGCUCGAAUUCAGAAGAGCAAGAGGUCGUGAUGGAGCACUUGGUGACUGACAUGUUCGCUCUCUGCCUCGACAAAAGCGCUUGCCGUGUCAUCCAACUCGCCAUCCAGGUAACCAUUUGUUUUUGCAUCCCAAUUAUCUCCAAUGUUUCAGAAACUGGAAACUCAUUUGUCGUCUCGUUUGGCAGCCGAGUUGAGGGAUACUGACCUUGUCCUUCUGAGCAUCGAUCAGAACGGAAACCAUGUCAUCCAGAAAAUCAUCAAGACUCUGCCGAUCUCCGCGUGGAACUUUGUCGUCGAUUUCUUCUCGAACGAUGACAACCUUAUUGCUGUCUGCCAGGACAAGUACGGUUGCCGCGUCGUUCAGUCGACCAUCGAGAAAUUGUCGGAGAAUCCGAACGGAGAGUGCUACAAACAGCGCGUCGCCCUCCUGCAACAGUUGAUGUCUGGUAUCACCCGCAACUGCCCCCAACUCGCUUCCAACGAGUUCGCCAACUACGUUGUCCAGCACGUUGUCAAGUGUGGCGGAGCCAUGGAGACUUACCGAGACAUAAUAAUCGAAAAGUGCCUUCUGUAAGUAUCACUUUUUCAGAAAACAGACUGAGAAAGCCUCUGUUUCCAGCCGCAACCUCCUCUCGAUGUCGCAAGAGAAGUAUGCCUCGCACGUCGUCGAAGUUGCCUUCCUCUUUGCCCCACAUCGUUUGCUAGUCGAGAUGAUGGAUGAGAUCUUCGAGGGGUACAUCCCGCAUCCUGAAACCAACCGCGACGCUCUUGACAUUCUGCUCUUCCACCAGUACGGCAACUACGUCAUCCAGCAGAUGAUCCACAUCUGCUGCUCCGCCAUUAUCGGACAAGGGUUCUUUUUCCAUAGUUUCCUUUCAGUUGCUCAUGAAAUUUCUCUUCAGAGAACGUCAUCUCGAGAAAAGAGAAGUCGACUUGUACUCCACAUGGCUCGAGAGAAUCAAGGAGCGUGUCUUCCGCAAUUCGGCCCGUCUCGAGCGCUUUUCUUCCGGAAAGAAGAUAAUCGAGGCUCUGCAAGGAUCGAUCCCAUCGCUGGCCCUUUCCAUGCAGAACAAGACUUUGGAAUCUUACAACUGA